CCGAGACAGUGGUGCUGAUGAAGUGGUAGAGCUGGUUCCUGCUCCUCGCGGUGGUGCGCGCGCCCGCUGGCCGCUGGGCACUCUGUGCACCCAGCCUUGAGUUGUGCAAUCCUUUGUAGCACGCCAGAGUCGUCCUCCUUCGCUGUUGCCUCUCGCCCUCUCUCUCUUUUUUUCAAGCUGUGAGCUCAACCGAUGAGUCAGAGCCGUGCAAUCCUGACACUGCAUCGCAGGACUAGGGGUGACUCGAAGGGAGGGAGAGCACUCCGAGAGGCGGACAGCACGGGUGCGGGGCGUACUGAGGUUUUUUGCGCCGUGAGCAAGCGGGGGUGACAGCCUGCACGUCCCGCCGGGGCCCUGCCAGCAAACUUCCCAGGUUCGGGAGGCGCAGGCUGGCGGAAGCCCCGCGAACGCCGCAGGGAGGUGACGGCGCCUGUUUGUUUUUAAAAUCGGUGAGUGCGUGCAGGCUGCUGGAGUCCCGGAGACAACCUAAGGCGCGGCCCGCGGUGGAACGGGGACAGUCGAAGCCGGAGCUCCGGCCAGAGCGGGCCUCCAGGACUCUGUGGAGCACCAUGAACUGGGAAUAGCAGCUUCGUCAAGAGCCUGUCUGGAAGAGGAAGGAAGAACAGGUCUCUGCCUGUGCCUGAUUCCAUUGUCCAGCAUCUUUGUCUAUUCCCACUCUGUCCUCACUGGUGCCAGGACUAGACUUCUAGCCGGACCUUUUCCCAGGGGAUGGGCAACUGGUGAAGUAGUUCUCACUGCUGGGGCUCAGUUGGCCACACCAUGAACCUCCAAGCCCAGCCCAAGGCUCAGAACAAGCGCAAGCGUUGCCUCUUUGUUGAGCAAGAGCCAGCUCCCAAGGAACAGCCGCCUCCCCUGCAGGCCCCACCACAGUCCAUCCGCGUGAAGGAGGAGCAGUACGGGGCUCACGAGGGUCCGGCAGGGGCUGCCUCCACCUCUCAGCCUGUGGAGCUGCCACCUCCCAGCAGCCUGGCCCUGCUGAACUCUGUGGUGUAUGGGUCUGAGCGGAACCCAGCAGCUCUGUUGUCCCAGCAAGUGGGCUCAGUGAAGUGGCCCAACUCUGUGAUGGCUCCAGGGCGGGCUCCAGAGCGGGGAGCAGGUGGGGGUGUCAGUGACAGCAGCUGGCAGCAGCAGCCUGGCCAGCCGCCACCUCACUCCACAUGGAACCGCCUGUCCCUCUACGGUGGACCCAAGGGAAGCCCUCAUCCCAGUGUCGGGGCCUCUGCCUACUAUAACCACCCUGAGACACUGAAGCGGGACAAAGCUGGGGCCUCACAGCUGGACCGCUAUGGAAAUGCGGUGCGGCCCAUGAUGCCACAGAAAGUGCAGCUGGAGGUGGGGCAGCCUCAGGUGCCCCUGAACUCUUUCCAUGCAGCCAAGAAACCCCCAAACCAGACACUGCCCCUGCAGCCCUUCCAGCUGGCUUUUGGCCACCAGGUGAACCGGCAGGUCUUCCGGCAGGGCCCGCCACCCCCAAACCCUGUUGCUGCCUUCCCCCCACAGAAGCAGCAGCAACAGCAACAGCAGCAGGCCACCCUGCCCCAGAUGCAGCUCUUCGACAAUUUCUACUCCAUGCAGCAGCCGCCCUCUCAGCAGCCCCAGGACUUUGGCCUGCCACCAGCAGGGCCACUGGGGCAGUCCCACCUGACCCACCCCAGCAUGGCCCCUUACCCCUUCCCCCACAACCCAGAUAUGAACCCAGAACUGCGCAAGGCCCUCCUGCAGGAGGCAGCCCCGCAGCCUGUGCUACCUCAGCCCCAGAUGGCCUUUCCCCGCCGCUCCCGCCGCCUCUCGAAGGAGGGCAUCCUGCCUCCCACCGCCCUGGAUGGGACUAGCACCCAACCUGGGCAGGAGCACACAGGCAAUCUGUUUCUUCAUCAUUGGCCUCUGCAGCAGCCGCCUCCUGGCUCCCUGGGACAGCCCCAUCCUGAAGCUCUGGGAUUCCCAAUGGAACUGAGAGAGUCACAGCUGCUGUCUGAUGGGGAGAGACUGGCACCCAAUGGUCGGGAACGGGAGGCCCCUGCCAUGGGCAAUGAGGAGGGCAUGAGGGCAGGGGGGACAGGGAACUGUGGACAGGUGCUACGAGGUGGGGUGAUCCAGAGCACAAGACGGAGGCGCCGGGCUUCCCAGGAGGCCAAUUUGCUGACCCUGGCCCAGAAGGCAGUGGAGCUGGCCUCGCUGCAGAAUGCAAAGGAUGCCAACAGCUGUGAGGAGAAGCGGAAAAGUGUUCUGACCUCAACCACCAAGUGUGGGGUGGAGUUUUCUGAGCCAUCCUUAGCUGCCAAGCGAGCCCGGGAGGACCCUGGGCUGGUACCCCUCAUCAUCCCAGUAUCUGUGCCCGUGCGGACUGUGGACCCAGCUGAGGUGGCUCAAGUCGGAGGUGUUGAUGAGGAGGGCAGGGAUCCAGAACAGCACCACACUGAGCACAAGCCAUCGGUUAUCGUCACCCGCAGGCGGUCCACCCGCAUCCCUGGGACAGAUGCUCCGGCUCAGGCUGAGGACCUGAAUGUCAAGUUGGAGGGGGAGCCUUCUGUGCGGAAACCAAAGCAGCGGCCUCGGCCCGAGCCCCUGAUCAUCCCCACCAAGGCGGGCACUUUCAUUGCCCCUCCUGUGUACGCCAACAUCACUCCCUACCAAAGCCACUUGCGUUCUCCUGUCCGCCUAGCUGACCACCCCUCUGAGCGCAGUUUUGAGCUGCCCCCCUACACGCCUCCCCCCAUCCUUAGCCCCGUGCGGGAAGGCUCCGGUCUCUACUUCAAUGCCAUCAUAUCAACCAGCAGCAUCCCAGCCCCUCCUCCCAUCACGCCAAAGAGCGCUCAUCGCACCCUGCUCCGAUCAAACAGCGCUGAAGUCACCCCGCCUGUCCUCUCCGUGAUGGGGGAGGCCACCCCUGUGAGCAUUGAGCCACGCAUCAACGUGGGCACCCGGUUCCAAGCAGAAAUCCCAUUGAUGAGGGAUCGUGCCCUGGCAGCUGCAGACCCCCACAAAGCUGACCUGGUGUGGCAGCCAUGGGAGAACCUAGAGAGCAGCCGGGAGAAGCAGAGGCAAGUGGAAGACCUGCUAACAGCUGCCUGCUCCAGCAUCUUCCCUGGUGCCGGCACUAACCAAGAGCUGGCCCUGCACUUUCUGCAUGAGUCCCAGGGAGACAUCCUGGAAACUCUGAAUAAGCUGCUACUGAAGAAGCCCCUGCGGCCCCACAACCACCCCCUGGCGACUUAUCACUACACAGGUUCUGACCAGUGGAGGAUGGCUGAAAGGAAGCUGUUCAACAAAGGUAUUGCCAUCUACAAGAAAGAUUUCUUCCUGGUACAGAAGCUGAUCCAGACCAAGACUGUGGCCCAGUGUGUGGAAUUCUACUAUACCUACAAGAAACAAGUGAAAAUCGGUCGCAAUGGGACUCUUACCUUUGGGGAUGUAGACAUAAGUGAUGAGAAGUCAGCCCAAGAAGAGGUUGAAGUGGAUAUUAAGACUUCCCAGAAGUUCCCAAGGGUGCCUCUUCCCAGAAGAGAGUCCCCAAGUGAAGAGAGGCUGGAGCCUAAGAGUGAGGAAAAGGAACCCAGGAAGGAGGGGGAGGAAGAGGUGCCAGAAAUCCAGGAGAAGGGGGAGCAGGAAGAGGGGCGAGAACGCAGCCGGCGGGCAGCUGCUGUCAAAGCCACGCAGACACUCCAGGCCAAUGAGGCGGCCAAUGACAUCCUCAUCUUGCGGAGCCAUGAAUCCAAUGCCCCUGAGUCUGAGUCAGCAGGUGGCCAGGCCUCAGAGAAGCCACGGGAGGGGCCAGGGAAGUCACGAAGGGCACUGCCUUUCUCAGAGAAGAAGAAAAAAACAGAGGCAUUUAAUAAGACCCAGAACCAGGAGAACACUUUCCCUUGUAAAAAAUGUGGCAGGGUGUUCUACAAGGUGAAGAGCCGCAGCGCCCACAUGAAGAGUCACGCAGAGCAGGAGAAGAAGGCUGCAGCCCUGCGGCAGAAGGAGAAGGAGGCCAAGGAGGCUGCUGCCGCUGCCCUGCACUCCCAGGAAGAGAGCGCUGGCGAGAAGGGCUGAGUUUGGCGAGGAGCCUCAAGAGCAGAGCGAGCCCAGAGGGCCAUGUGGACAUUUCUCAGCAAAACAAUUUAGACAGUGAAAUAAAUGGCUUUUUUACUUAUAAAGGCCCCAGAAACAGUGUUAAGGGCUGCAGGAUCCAGUUCUCUUUGCCUUUGGGCCUCCUGUUUUCCUGGAACUGUGAGCAUGCUGGUUGGGCCCCUGGGGAGCUGUGGGGAGCUGCCCCUCUCUGAUCUGGCUUCAUCUGCACGGAGCAGCCUCCUCCCUCCUCUGUGCCCCUUCCUUCUCUGAUCUCCAGGAAGCUGCGUUGGCCAGCCAAGCACAAGCUUGCCCCGCUGCAGCAUUAUUCCCCCUACCCCGGAGGACCUGAAAGGCUGCAAUAGGCCUUGCCCCAAACCCCAAGAAAGGGACUCCCUUGGAGGGUGCGUGCUGCCCUGACACCAGUGCUGUCCUUGCCGGCAGUGUCCAGGCCUGAGCUGCUCUAGUGACCUUCUCUUCAGGCCACUGCCUCACUUCACAGGAAGUAACGCCCGGGAUAGCUACUGGUCUGCGAAGUUUUUUCCAGUGUUUGGGGAAGGGGCCACUGUGCUGUCCAUGCUCUUGGCCUACUUCCGGGGAGGAACUGUACGGAAUCUGAAAGCUGGAAGCCACAGAGCUGGGCAGGAGGAAGCUUUUGACAAGGCCCACCUGUUUCCCACCCACCUUUUUGCCAAAUACUUUUGGGCCCUGGAGGCUGUUCAGUGAGCAUAGCCUCAAGCAGGUCCUCCAGCUGGUGCCAGCUCCCUGCUUGCCUCUGUCCUGCCCUCAGCAGCUGCUACUUAACCCCAUGCACCUCCCACUCUCUUUGAUGCUUGAAGCUCAGCCCCCCCCCAGUCCCCAGUGCUAGAGAUUUCUGGGUCCUUCCCUGGGAGAAGAGGUCUCCUAACUAGAUGGGACGGGGCCUCCAUUCUUUGACUCGUGUCAUUUGGGAGAGCUAUUUAUUUAUUCUUAAUAUUUAAUUUUCAACAUCCUCUCAGGGACCAGGGACCUCCUGCUUUCCAGAGGCCCAAGUGCAUUUAUCCCAAAACGAGGCACCUUCUUGACACCCCCAAUUUCCCAGGCCCUAGGGUCCCUCCCCUUGUUGCUCUGGAAUUCUUGCUAACAGGGCAAUGACAGCAGGCUGGGAAUGUUGAGAAUGUCCCCAAAGCCACACACAGACUAGCAGGAAUGAGGGAGAUCAAAGGCAGUUUCUGUUGCUCUCCUUUGGUACUUAGAAAUUCCCCGAGGGAGUUGGCAGGAGGCUGGAAUUUUAGUUCUGUUUACCGUGCCUGCAUUCUGGUUUGCAGAAGCCAUGUUUGGCAUAGGAUCACUGAAGUAAAGUGGCUAGAAGUUUCUGAAAGCCCCUUCGCUUGCCAGUCUCAUGGGGAACCUGAGUCAUUUUUCUGAUCUCAUUACUCAACUUCAGUUGUGCAAAAGAAAUUCUAAGUGAGUGUGUGCAUGACAGGCCAACAUGUUAGGAACCCAGGGUUCAUUCUGCUGCUACCUAGGAGAUGCCCUAAAAACAUCCUGUCAAUAACUGGGAAUGGAGAGGGAAUUUUGCUUUUAAACUAUGCACUAUGAGAUAUUUUUACAUUUGUUUAUGCAUUAAUAAGGAUUCUAUAAGACCCCAGUUAUAAAGGUAACAAAUCCCCCACCCCAGACUCGUAGACAGCUACUCAGAUCUCCAGCUUCCCCAUUAGGGCUUCUACAAAUCCCAAGACUGCAAAAAUCAGUGGACUCUCUAAAAGGAGGGCAUCAAAUUCAGGCUCUUCUCAAUCGCUUGUAUCAUAUGAGUGCCUUUGCAGCUGAGCCCCAAAGUGCUACUUAUGCUCCCAAGGUUUUUCUGUUUAAACAGUAUUGGUUUCCCCUUUACGGACAUGUGUUAACAGAAACUCCUUCAGUCACAUGAGACUCUUCUGUUCAGUGGUAACAUCUAGUACUUGGAAAAAAAAAUUUUUUUCCCCCA